UUGGGGUCCACUACACUGCUCAAAGCCAACCGUCCAGACUCAGGACUUUACCCAGUAGAGUCACAUGGGACUGGAUGUCUUCAUCAGAGCUGGUCUUCUGAGGGCACCCGUGCAUUUGGAUGCUUGGACAUUGAGAGCAGAAAAACCAUAUUCCGUGGCUUUCCUCCCACCUACCUCUUUCUCUCUGUCCUCCCAUUCCUGCACCUCCUUCCCCCAUUCUUCUGAAGAUGGCAGACUCCUGGGUCCCAUCACAAGAGAAAUGGCUCUACAAGUCUGGGGGAGCUCUCUAGCCCCGCCCCCUGCUCUGCACACUCGCUCAGAUUGGCUUCCCUCCUCCCCCGACGCUCAGUCUCCCUCCCUAGCGUAAAGGCUGAAAAUCUGGGUCACAGCUGUGGAAGACCUCAGAUAUGGAGUGCAGGAUGUGGCCUGCGCUGCUGCUGUCCCACCUGCUCCCUCUGUGGCCCCUGCUGUUGCUGCCCCUCCUACCGCCGGUCCAGAGCUCCUCUUCCUCCCCCCGAGCCCCCCCAGCCCCUGCCCGGCCCCCUUGUGCCCGAGGGGGCCCCUCAGCCCCACGCCACGUGUGUGUGUGGGAGCGAGCUCCUCCACCAAGCCGACCCCCACGGGUCCCAAGAUCUCGACGGCAAAUUCUGCCAGGCACAGCACCCCCUGCCACCCCAUCAGGCUUUGAGGAGGGGCCGCCGUCAUCCCAGUACCCCUGGGCUAUUGUGUGGGGACCUACAGUGUCUCGAGAGGAUGGAGGAGACCCCAACUCUGUCAACCCUGGAUUUCUGCCCCUGGACUAUGGUUUUGCAGCCCCCCAUGGGCUGGCUACGCCACACCCUAACUCGGACUCUAUGAGGGAUGAUGGAGAUGGGCUCAUCCUUGGAGAAACGCCUGCCACCCUGAGGCCUUUCCUGUUUGGGGGCCGUGGAGAAGGUGUGGACCCUCAGCUUUACGUUACAAUCACCAUUUCCAUCAUCAUUGUGCUUGUGGCGACGGGUAUCAUCUUCAAGUUCUGCUGGGACCGCAGCCAGAAGCGGCGCAGACCCUCGGGGCAGCAAGGUGCCAUGAGGCAGGAGGAGAGCCAGCAGCCCCUGACAGACUUGUCUCCUGCUGGAGUCACUGUGCUGGGGGCCUUCGGGGACUCGCCUACUCCUACCCCUGACCACGAAGAGCCCCGAGGGGGACCCCGGCCUGGGAUGCCCCAGCCCAAGGGGGCUCCUGCCUUCCAGUUGAACCGGAUUCCUCUGGUGAAUCUGUGAUGCUCCUCAUGUUGGGGUGCUGCCAAGCAGGAGGCCAAGGGGCCGACAAAGCCACCACCCACUGAGGGUGGGGCCACUUUGGGGAACUGAGGCCAUGGAGGGGGCUUCCAGCUCCUGCCCUCACAUACCACCCUGGAACACGCAUCAGCCCCACGGAUGAGUCCACCUGCUUGCCCUCUUGUAGCUGGGGGCUUCCCACACUUGUGAUUUGGGGUCCCUCAUUCCCACCCUUGCACAGUCACAUGAAAGCCUUGCACACUCACCUCCACCCUCAGAGGCCAUGGCACACACGCAUGUUCAAGCUGCUUUCUGUGCCCUGCCUCCACCAACAUCUGUCCGCUCAGCGGGUCACCAGCACUGUCCCUCUUGUUGUACAUUUUCUGCCUCCUUUGCACACCCCACGCCCAGCUCAGUUGCUGGGCGCAGUGUUCCGUGCAUACCUCAUCUCUUGCGUGCAUUUCCAGCCCACCGUGGCACAGUGUGCCCACUCUGCCUCGUGUGUACCCUCUGGUCUAGUUUCUGCGGCCCCUGCAUGCUGCCCCAGAGGUGGGUGGGAGGGGAGCUGGGGGUUCCCGUGCCCUCAUCUGUCAUGGCCUCACAUCGCAUUCCAUGCUGGGUGUUUCACUCUCCCCCGCCCCCCCCCCCCCCAGUCCAAGGGCGCUGGCGAUCCUCUGAGGGCUUCCCCACAGGAAGUGAGGCCCCAUUGCUAAACUGUUGACUGCGAGAUGGGGUUUGGGCGUUACCUGCUGCACUACAUGAGAAAGGGACUCUCGUUUGUCCUCUCUUCCCUCCCACGUUCCUUUUGUCUUGUCUGUCCUGGCUGUCUGUGUGUGUGAGAGUGUCUCUCUCUCUCUCUCUCUCUCUCUCUCUCUCUGGAAUUCAGAGCCCCUGAGCCAGUUCUACAUUUCCCAGUCUCCCUAAUGGCCUCCUUAACUGCACCGAGGCUGCCAGGGGUCGGAGCCAGCUAGUUCAAGGCCAUCAGGAGCACCGCCUCAUAUUCACCCCUCUUCCUGGGUUCCCUCGAGUCCUUUCUUCCCGCUUUCUGUCUUCCUUCUAGCUCUUUUCCUCUCCUCAGGUUCUUCCGUUUUUCAUUGUCUCCCCCACCCUCUCCCUUCCCCUGUUACCUAGCUCCUAUGCUGUGAUAUAUAUUUUUGUAUUAUCUCUCUCUCUUCUUGUGGUGAUAAUCUUGAAUUCUUGUGGGAUGUAAGUUUCAAAAUUUUCAAAUAAAGCCUUUGCAAGAUA